GCCAUCCAUUACUGCAUCUAGGAGCAUGUGGAAGAGAUUUUCCCCUGCCAGUUCUUCACCACAAGCAUCACCAUUAGAGCACAGGGUGGAGACUGGUAAAGCGUGACUCUCUGAACGUGGAGGGAUGUAGGCAAGUAUGAGAGAGAUGAUCAUAGGGAGAGUUUAGUUACACCAGGACUGAUACGGCCCGGUUCUGCAUGUAGAGCUACGGGACAGGCAAGUGAUUUUGAAUAGCUAAAAAUUGCUGGCCUUUCAUUAUAACCACAGAAGAGAGUAACCCACAGUGCCUAACAGGAGAGUGUUGCCAAGAACGUGGUAAUUAGUGGGUAGUUGUGGGUACUCAUGGCGUCUCCGGACCACCAAGAAACUAAGGACCCCACAGACACCGCCAGAACAGAUAGACCUCUGACCAUUGCUACAUCUUGCCCUGUCCACAGCCACAAUUCUGAGGACAAAAAGCAGAACGGAUUGAGGAAGGGCCUGGUGAGACAUCGGGACUACGUCAAAAUCUCUGUGCCGGAAGGGAAAGGCAACAGAUUGCCAUCAGAAUGGUGGAAGACAUUCAUCGCUUUGUUUUAUGCCAUUUUAAACCUGGUUCUGACCACAGUUACGAUCACAGUGGUCCAUGAGAGAGUGCCUCCCAAGGAGAGCAGCCCACCUCUGCCAGAUAAGUUCUUUGAUUAUAUAGACCGCGUGCAGUGGGCAUUUAUAGUGACUGAGGUCAAUGGGAUGGUUCUGGUGUCCAUCUGGUCCAUUCAGUUGCUCUUUCACAGAUACAAGGCUAUUGUGGGAAGACGCUAUUUCUUUCUGCUGGGCACAUUGUACAUGUAUAGAUGCAUCACCAUGUACAUCACCACUCUACCUGUGCCUGGCAUGCACAUGGUCUGUGCCCCGAAGCUCUAUGGAGAUUCCCAGGCAAUGCUGCAACGUGUUCUGCAGUUGAUCUCUGGUGGUGGUUUAUCAAUAACUGGCUCUCAUCUGCUGUGUGGAGACUUCCUGUACAGUGGACACACUGUCAUGCUCACGCUCACAUACCUCUUCAUCAAGGAGUAUUCUCCUCGUUCUUUCUGGUGUUAUCACCUGCUGUGUUGGUUAAUGGCUGCUGUGAGUGUAGUGUGCAUCUUGGUGGCCCAUGAGCACUACAGCGUGGAUGUGGUGGUGGCCUAUUUUAUCACCACCCGACUGUUCUACUGGUAUCACACUAUGGCCAACUUGCAGACUUUAAAGUGUUCUCCGAACAACUACCUCACUCACACCUGGUGGAAUCCUGUGUUUAACUUCUUUGAGAGGAACGUUCAGACCCAAGUGCCCUGUUCUUUCUGCUGGCCAAUCACAUGCCCCCUUGCCUGCCUGAAGAACCCCUGUAAGAAUUAUUCCAUGGUGCAGAGUGGCCGGGAAGAGUGAUUAUUUCUGUCACAGUGAAUUCAGCAUAAUGUUUUGUACAGUAUUUUGCUUAUGGCUAUCUAAAUGUUUACAUCAUACAGAAAACCAAAGACUGUAAUGGUUUGAUAUUGUGAAAUGGACCCAUAGCAAUGAGCCAAAGUACUUUUUGCAUUGCAUUUUUAUAGUAAUUUAUUUGCUGUCAAUGUGGCCACUUACAGAAACACAAGGAUUUACAGUAAAUGGCCUAGUGGAAGUGGUAUAAUUAUAAAAUGGAUUUGCAGAAAUCCUCUCUUCUCUCUUUCUCUCUUUGUUUCUAUCACAAGAUAAACCAACAUUGUUUGCAUUCCCUCUUGUUGCCUUAUUUUGCCUAUUUAAUUGUCCUUUAAAAUAUAUGUUUACCCAA